AGAUAUCGGACGAUGAUCGGAUGUCCUUGACGACCGCUGUGUCUGAUGAGGACGAUGGCGAGAGCGUUAUGAACUCGCCUUACAAGGCCAAACAGACUGGAACAGCUGCAGCAAGUUUCAACUGCACUGGAGCGGUGAGAAAAGCCGGCUUCCUCAGCGUGAAGAAAUGGCUACUGCGCAAGAAGCACCAGAUAGAGCUGGCGCGCAAGCGCGGCUGGAAGGGCUACUGGGUGUGCUUGAAGGGCACCACGCUGCUCUUCUACCCUUGCGACUCGCGAGAGGGCAGGUGGAGCUGGAAAACUGGGUGAACAGCAUACACAGCGCAUGCGCAGCAGCGUUCGCGCGGCAUCGAGGAAAAACCGGUACGCUGCACCUGCUGCAAGAAGAAAUUUUUCGUCUGGAGAAAUCCAUCGAAACGGUGAGCUGA